AUGAAGCAAAAUCCACAGAACGGGGAUCUUAAGAAACAAAUCCAAGAGAGGCAAUCGAGAAUAGCAGCUCUUAAUGAAAAACAAGCUUUGGGACCCAUUACUUCAGUGCCGAUUAAAGUUCCUCAGGUCAGUUCCUUGCAGAGGUUGGCAGGACAAAGACCAGCAGUGCUACCUCAGGUUAGGCCAAAGACUCUGAUCCCAGACAGCCUCCCAGUUUCUCCAGGCAGAGAUCAACCUUCCAAGCAACCUCCAACGUUUCAGAAGGCAACUGUGGUCAGCAUCAAAAACCCAACUCCUGCCCUCCCCACUGCCAAUAAUACUGUUAGCCAUGUACAGACGUCCAGCAGCCAAUCGCAAAGUGUCGCAGAGACGGCAGCCCUCUCCUCAUCCCUAAGUAGUGCUGGGGUAGCAUAUGCCGUUAUCUCAACAUCUCCCAAUAAUGCAAUGCCCAUCAAUACCAGCGCUGCUGUCUCGGUGGUUAAUGACAGCAUUAAAGUGCAACCACUUCUCAUCAGUGCUGACAGCAAGGUCAUCAUCAUUCAGCCUAAAGUUCAAACUCAGACAGAAAAUAAAGUGGAGAUAAAGAAACCUGCUGAAGAGUCAACUCAGGGACCUGCUACCAAAAAGAAAAAAGAUGAGAAUCCAGAGAAAAUUGCCUUUAUGGUAGCGCUAGGCCUGGUUACGACUGAAUACUUAGAAGAAAUCCAGAGCAAACGUCAGGAAAGAAAGAGGAGGAGCACCGCCAACCCCGCUUACAGUGGACUCUCAGAGACCGAGCGGAAACGCCUUGCAUCAAAUUAUUUGAACAAUCCUUUUUUCCUCUCCACAAGAGCCAACGAGGAUCCAGGUUGGAAGAAUGAGGUCAGCCAUGAGGAAUACUGUUCAGCAUGCAAGCAUGGUGCCAACUUACAGCCUUGCGGAACAUGCCCCAGGGCCUACCACCUCAACUGCUUGGAUCCUCCCUUGAAGACUGUCCCUAAAGGACUAUGGGUCUGUCCCAAGUGCCAAGAAAAGGUGUUAAAGAAAGAUGACAAUGUCCCCUGGCCUGGAACUCUGGCUGUAGUGCAAUCUUACGUUACUCAUAAAACAGUCAAAGAAGAAGAGAAGAGGAGGUUAUUAAAGAGGAGCAGUGAAUUAAGAGGAGAACACAGACAGCUGGAGGAAAAAGAAUGCUUUCUUAAUAAUGCAAUGAAGAAAUGCCUAGAGCUCAAAAACAGCCUGUUGGCCCGGCAAAAAGGGGUUCGGUCAUCGCUGGAACACCUCAAAACCCUCAUUAGACUGAUACAGAAUGAGCAGAUGCUUCAGGUUACCAUGACAACGACCACCACCUCCUCCCCGCUGACCGUCCCCUGGACCAGGCCCUCUCCUGCCUCGGCUGCCACCGCUGCCCACCCCUUGCGGGCGACGCAGGGCAACAACUGACUGGGGCUGCCCCCCAACCGGAGGGCCCCCCUUCUUCUCCAGAAGAGCCAGUCCAACCCACAAGAACGCUUUACGUGCAUGCAGGCAUCG